AUGGUGAGCGCGGGAGCGGUGCCGCUGGUGCCGUGCUGGUGGCAUGAUGUGCACACCAACAGCUACUCCAAGGCAGCCGCCGACGUGGUGCGGCAGCGGCGGGCUGCGCUGGGUGCAGAUACUGCCGAUCAGGACAGGAUGCGGCCAGACCCCGCCUCACUGCAGGGCUUUAGUGAGGUUGAGCGCAAGGGGAUGCCAUACUGCAUGGACCAGUACUGCCUCAAGGACGCAGCUGGGAAGCGCGCAUACUUUGAUGCCCUGAUGCAAGUCCAGGAGAUCACGGAUGCCUCACACCCAGCCAAGCAGUCGGGGCUGCGCGUGGGGCGCCGGCACGAGUGGGGCGUGUUUGCCACGCGCCCGCUGCCUGCCGGCACGCUGCUGGGCGAGCUGUGCGGGAUGGUGUGCACGGGCGAGGAGGUGGAUGAUGCUGUGGCGGCGGAGCCGCGCGGGGUGGGCGGGCUGCGCGCCGACCAGAUCAAGGCGCUGUGGAUGACGGCGGGCGGCGAGGAGGGCGGCCGCCAGCCCCCGCGCAACGGCUGGGCCCGGGAACUGGUCAUCGAUGGUUCGGAGAGCAGCUGCCGGCUGCGCUUCAUGAACGCCUACGACGGGCUGAGGGCGGAGGCCAAUGUCGUGUGCGUGGAGGCGGAGGAUGUGGGGGAGCGCACGCCGCACGCCUUCCUGGUGACGGCGGCGGAGGUGUCGGCUGGGGAGGAGCUGCUGCUGGACUACGGCGCCCACUUCCUGCGCCACAUCGGGGAGGAGGAGCGGCGGGCGGCGGCCAUCACAGCGCUGGAGGGCAGGGUGGCCGACCUGCAGCAGCAGCUGGGCAAGCAGGCGGCUCACUCCCGCCUGCACGAGCAGGUGUACCUGGACCUGCUGGCUGAGCACAAGAGCGUGCGCCAGGAGCAUCGCCAGCUGCAGCAGCAGGUGCACAAGCAGCAGCGCGAGCUGAAGAAGCAGACGCGCCAGCUGGAGCAGCAGGAGGCGCAGCUGGAGGAGCAGCGGCGGCGGCCCAGGGCCGACGCGGCCGUGCAGGUGGGCGGCAGCGGCGCAGCACAAGCCGACGAGCAGGGGGAGGAAGGCGCGGCAGCGGCGGCGGCGGCACCUGCCGCGGCUGGGCCCAGCAACGGCGAGGCGGCCCGCCUGCAGCAGCAGCAGGUGGCGGCUGCCGCUGCCGCGCGUGAGCAGGCACCCAUCGCUGGCUUCUGCUCGGUGGCCGUCCACCGCGAGGCGGCCACGGCGGCGCAGUGGCAGGUGGAGCAGCAGGGCCUGCUGGCUGAGCUGGCGGCCAAGGAGAGGGAGGUGGAGGAGCAGCGUGCGGCGCUGGAUGCGGGGCGCCAGCAGUGGGAGGCGGAGCGCCAGCAGCUGGUGUCGGAGCUGGCGGUCAUCGAGCAGGCGGUGAAGGCGGCGGCGGAGCAGCAGGAGGUGCUGACGGGGCUGCUCAACAGCCAGCUGGCGGCGGGGCAGGCGGCGGUGGCUGGCGAGGGUGGGGGGCCUGCGGUGGCGCCUGGCGUGGCCCCUCAGGAGGGCCAGCGCCAGGGACCUGCUGCUGCCGCAGCUUCGGCAGGGCAGCAAGCUGCGGCGGCGCUGGCGUGUGAGGAGGAGGAGCAGGAGGCUGCUGAGGUGCAGGACGAGGUGGCAGCUGUCGGUGCAGGGUCGCCGGCCCUGGCCGAAGCGACAGGCGGAGCGGCAGCGGACGGGGUGCUGCCACCGAGCACGCCGAUGGAGGCGGAGGCGGCGGCAAAGCAGGCUGGCCAGGCCACGGCAGACGCAGCCACAACCGCGGCAGACGCAGCUGCAGCAGGGUCGCCCACGCCAGUGCACCAGGGCGGCGACGGCAGCGGCAGCGAAGGGGCGACGGGCCAGGAGGCCACCCCUGGUCCUGACGCCAUGCUGGAGCUCGAGUCGGCGGCGGAGCCGGAGGGCACGCCGCCGCCUGCAACAGUCGCCACCCCAGCGGCCUGCCUCGAUGCGGGCGCCUAUGCCGCCGCUGCCGUCACAGCGGCCCAGCAGCUGGAACGGGAGGUGCGGGCGGUGGUGGGCGAGCUGUGCGCUGCGGCAGAGGCAGCCUGUGGCGAGGGGCAGGCCGAAGGUCACGGGCCGCGAUGA